AAGCAAGCAAUCUCAAGGCGAGAGGUUCGAAAUGUCGUCGUCGUCUUCGGGGGGUGCAGGGGGGGAUGGGGGGCAGUGACUAGCGUUUUAGGCUCCUCCACUCCUCCUCCUCCUCCUCCUUCGCGCUGAGAUCCGUGACACGGUGACAGUAAUGUUUUGUCUACCGUUGCAUGCGUUUGGAAUAGCUGGGACGUGGACAGUGGACACGGGUUUGCAAGGGGAAGGAGGACUAGCUAAUGGUGGAGCAGAGAUGCAGGAAAGGGUUGAAGGCAGGAGUCGACAAGGCAGGUGUGGCGGCGACGGCGGCGAUGCAAGGGAUGUCUGGAUGUAUCGCGUACACGGAGCGACGCACGGGGAGGGGGAGCGAACUAUGAUAGCUGUUGCUGAGCCCGGCAAGACUUGCUGGGUGCUGGGUGAUGGGACAAGACGAUGGGCGAACCGUCGAAUGGGCGGACAGUCAGUCCAACGGUCGCUUUGGCGAGCUUGGAAUGGUCGACAUCGGAGGAGAAAGAACGAGCGUGUUGUUUUCCCAACUGCUGGCUGGCUGGCUGGCUGGUGAUUCGAUUGUCGAUUGUACUGGUUACCGCUCGAUGGGAUGGAUGGAGGUCGAUAGGUAUCACCGAGUGAACUCUAAAGAUGCACUACACACAGCUUCAUCGCUGCACCGAAGCU